UCAAGUCCAACUCGUCGAGAAGCAGUGAAAAGGAAGACUGCAGAAUACCUUAUGCGUGCUGAAAAAAUUUCCAGUCUCUACCAUAAAUCCUCUGAAGAUGCAUCUGUUUCUAUGCCUCCAGGAUCACUAAGUUCAAGGCCCUCUUGGAACCUAAGGAGCCCUGCCGAGGAACUGAAGGCCUUCAGAGUCCUUGGGGUGAUUGACAAGGUUUUGCUUGUAAUGGACACUAGAACGCAGCAGACUUUUAUACUGAAGGGUCUAAGGAAAAGUAGUGAGUACAGCAGGAGCAGAACGACCAUCAUCCCCCGCUGUGUGCCCAACAUGGUGUGUCUGCACAAGUACAUCAUCUCCGAGGAGUCUGUCUUUCUUGUGUUACAGCAUGCAGAAGGAGGAAAACUGUGGUCUUAUGUUAGUAAGUUCUUAAACCGGAGUCCUGAAGAGAGCUUUGAAAUUCCUGAACCCAGAACAUCCAGUUCAACGAAAAUUUACCUGGAGCAGCCGACACCAAGUCCUAAAGAAAUGGGUAGCAGCACUGAUUCCAGAGAAAGCUAUGGGGAGAGCAUGCUGAAGGUGGUCCCGCUGAAGAGCAGCCUGACGCCGAGCUCUCAGGAUGACAGCAGCAACCAGGAAGAUGGCCAAGAGAGUUCGAAGUGGAUGGACUCAGGAUCUAGCUCAGAAGAGGAGUGCACUACUAGUUAUUUAACGUUAUGCAAUGAAUAUGGGCAAGAAAAAAUUGAUUCUGGCUCUCUAAAUGAGGAACCAGUGGUUAAACUGGAGAGUGAAGGUCUAAAUACCAAAGAGAGAAGUUGCUUACAGAAAUGCAGUGUCGUUGGCAGUGGUGGCUUCACCUCCCAGAUUGCAUCUCAGGAACGAAAACUUUUCAUUGACGAUGCUGAGUCAGAAAUAGCUAGCCCUACUAGGAUAUUGGACUCAUUAACUAAAUCAAAGAACAGUCCCAUGGAACUCUUCAGGAUAGACAGCAAAGAUAGCACUAGUGAGCUCCUGGGGCUUGAUUUUGGAGAAAAAUUAUAUAACCUGAAAUCGGAACCUUUGAAGCCAUUGUUUUCUGUCCCAGAUAAUGACAGAAGCUUGGAUGCCCUAGAGAACAAAAUGGGUGUGAGAGCUCAUGACACCAUAAGCAGGGGGUCAAAUGACUCUGUGCCGGUUAUCUCCUUUAAGGACGCUGCUUUUGAUGAUGUAAAUAGUGUUGAUGAAGGAAGGCCUGAUCUCCUAAUAAACUUACCUGGUAUGUCUGAUGAAACAGAAGAGGCAGCAGCCUCAAGGCCAACAAAGUUUACAAAAACUGAUAGGGACUCAUUGGAAGUAAAGCGAUUAGAAGCACCUGAUGUCUUACAAUUAAAUAGUUCUGUAGAGCCAUGCAAAGCAUUUGAUCAAGAGCCAAAUCAUGUGGCACCAGAAGUGAGUGAUCCUUCUUGUGAAGAAGCAAAUGGACAAAGCGGUGUCACUCAGGGACCUCUUGGGACCCUCUUUACAUCUGACCAAGAGGUAGGUAGUUCAGAAGACAGGGCCCUGUUUCAAGGGCUUGGAACCUGCUCCUUGAACAUGACAAGCAAAGAAGAAAGUUUAUUUGUUUCCAGCCCGCUCUCGGGUGCUCAAGAUGUUAGCUUGGAUGGAGAUGUGUUAAGAAAUGAACCAGUGUUGCUGUUUUCUGAUCAAACUGAAGAAUCUGGGGAAGAGGGAACAGACCUAACUUCGUUACCAGCAGCUGAAAGUAAAAAGACAGCACCAAAGAGGGAAGACAAAAUAGCAGCAGCAGGGGAGAAGGAAAUACAUCAAAUUUUUCAGGACCUCGAUGAAAGAUUAGCGAUAACCUCCAGGUUUUAUAUCCCAGAGGACUGCAUUCAAAGAUGGGCAGCUGAAAUGGUUGUAGCCCUUGAUGCUUUACAUAGAGAAGGAAUUGUGUGCCGUGAUUUGAACCCAAACAACAUCUUAUUGAAUGAUAGAGGACACAUUCAGCUAACGUAUUUUAGCAGGUGGAGGGAGGUUGAAGAUUCCUGUGACAACGAUGCCAUAGAGAGAAUGUACUGUGCCCCAGAGGUUGGCGCUAUCCUCGAAGAGACAGAAGCCUGUGACUGGUGGAGCCUGGGUGCCAUUCUUUUCGAACUUCUCACGGGGAAGACUCUGGCUGAGUGCCAUCCAUCAGGAAUAAACACUCACACUUCUCUGAGUAUUCCAGACCAUGUAUCAAAGGAGGCCAGAUCACUGAUUCAGCAGCUUUUGCAGUUUAAUCCUGCGGAGCGUCUUGGUGCUGGCGUUGCGGGUGUUGAAGACAUCAAAUCUCAUCCAUUUUUUGCCCUUAUAGAAUGGGCAGAUCUGCUGAGAUGAGAGGUGCAUGACCUCUGAACAAACUCAGGUCAAGUGGUCAAGUUUCUCUGGCACAGAAGCACCCUGACUUGCUUCCUUUGGAUGCCCCAAACCCUUUGGAUGUGAUGACUAAAGGACGCUGGAGCAAUCGGGCCAAAAGUGAACACUUUUAUCAGGAAUCACAGGUUGUAUAGGGUGCUAGUUUAUUUUUACAGCGACCGGCUGCUAUGUGUGUGUGUAAGUCUUCUCACCAAAGGGUGGUUUGUGAUGAAACUCCUGGGCAGCAUGUUUAGUACUGCCAGCUUGUCGACUAAGUAGAAACAGACGUGCUCCUGGUGCUUUGUCUGAUGAUGGAAGUGUCUACAGGCUGUGCCAGUUGAAAGUAUCUUUUACAGUGUCAACAGACCAUCUCCCUAUGCUAAGUGCAGCUCUUUGCGGGGGGGUGGGGGAAGGAAGGAGCAAAUAAUUUAUUAAUGGUAUAUGCUGAAUAAAAUACUAAAACGCUUUAUGCGAAAGUUGACACAUUAAAAUAAUAUAUCCAUUAAAAAUUAAGAAAGCUGUUGCAUAAUACUGUGGAAUGUGUCUUGAAAAUGGCAUAUCAUUUCCCACUGUGGAAAGAGCAUAUAAAAGGCAAAUAAUGUUGUCAAAUGUUGUACUUUGUUGGCUGGCAAUGUCUGUUUAAAACUCUUGACUCUGUUGUAUUUGAUGAGCUACAUGUUAAAGUCACUACAGAGAGGGAAAUCUUCUUUUCCUCAGCCGGAUAAACACUGCUUUAGCACUCUAAUACGGAGCAAGAAAACAUAAUGCUAAAUAAAUGUAUAGAUUAAAAAGGAAAAACUCUUCUCUCAUCACUGCAGCCACCACUUUAUCACUUAAUGAACUUUACUUCCUCUAAGUGUCCUAUUUUUAGCUGCUACUUCAGGAAAAAACCUUUCUGUUCCUGCUCUUCUGCUUGAGGAAGCUUCUGAACUCUCCUGUUUGUUUGUUAAUAGUCUUAAUAAAUCAAAGAAAGCCUUCACCCACGCCGCUGCUCGAACAGGAAGAAGCCUGGGAUUUGCUUAUGCCAAAUGACUAAGUGACAUCUUUGAGCAAACCCUAGUGGGUAAGACUUGGUUGUGAGCCAAUUAGCUGACCUGUUUGUUUGUUAGAAAGGUCUGGAGAAUAGGAGAAGAAUAUAAGACAUGCAGAAUAUUUUGCUGUGUGCUGCUAAGCAGCCAUGCUUGUAUGAGUUCCUGACGUACAAAUGCUGUAUGCUGUGAUGCUUGCACGGAUUAUGGAUCUGUGGGUUUUUUCCUAAAUGUUCUCUUCGUUCUCACUCUUUUUUUUUUUUCUUCUUCUUCUCUUCCCCAGCUUUAUCCGGAGAACAAAGGCCAAAUUCCUUUGGGAAAGUGAGGUGACAGCAAUGAUUAUUGAAUUUACAACUCAAAAAAAAAAAA